GCGCCUCUCUCCGUCCUCGGCGAGGGCCUUCGUCUCCUUACUCCCAGUCGACGACCGGCUAGGAUUUCGGCCGGCGGCCGCCACGUCUAGCACAGGCUCCUCGUCUACUGCUCCCAGUCCGCUUGAGGCGUGCGACGCAGCCGGGCGAAGGCGCCAGCGCCGAAGUCGGGGAAGAUGAGGCGCCGCAGAUCGUCGGGGGAACAGAUGAGGUGGGGGACGUCACCGUUGGCCCAUGGCCAGGUGCGCUCCCGAGCGCAGGCAUGGCGGGAUGAACGCUGCAUCUGGAGGUACAAGAUAUACGAGGCUGGAUACUCCGGUGUGCGGUUGGACCAUAUCUCAACGAGCGUAUAUCUCCAGUGUGCGGAUCGCGGUUGGGCGGCCCAUGGACGUGCGGCAAAUUUUGCACUCACCUCUCCGUUUUGGCGGCGUCCUCGGCCUCCUCGCCGAGCUCGAACCAAACGUGCCGCGGGCCGCGGCACACACCCAGUGCAAGAUAGAUAUUGAAGGUGCCAUUGUAAGACCGUUUUGUAGCUGAUCCACAAUUUGGAAGCUGGAUGCGUGAGGGAAUUCAAACCUGUUUGAUGAUGAUGUUUCCCACCAACAUUGACUUUUCAGUAUCAGUGAAUUGAUUAGCCUUAAUUCCAUUUUGCACUCUUUGUUGUUGUUUCUUUCCUCUUGCUUGGAAUAUAUUGGGUUAAUAAUUUUACAUAUCUUUUUUUUUGUUUGA